AUGGAUAUGCAAUCCCAGGAAAGUCGAUCCCCGAUGACUGGUGUGCACGAUGAUUCUGCGGAUCCCUCGGCGCGUUCCCAGCAAUACAGACCCUCGACGGUUGAAUCCUACCUGGUCCGCAAAGUGUUGAUACCGGCAGAGCAGCAGCAGCAUACUCACAACAUGGGCUCUUAUUCAGAACCUCGAUUACCCUCUGACCUGGGCUUCAUUGGCCUUGGUAAUAUGGGAUUCCCCAUGUUCUCGAAUCUGGUCAGCAAACUCCCGCCAACCACGACAGUGCAUUUCUACGACGUGAACCCAGACUCUGUUGAGAGAGGGUUGAAGGAAUCAGGCGCAGUAGCUAAGCUCGAUGCAUGUAACAGUUCGAGAGAAGUUGCCGAGAAAAGUGACGUGCUCAUCUCUAUGGUGCCCGAAGGCAAGCAUGUCUGCGCAGUCUAUCUGCAUCCGGAAACGGGUGUCCUGGCAGCCAACGACUUGAGCGGUAAGAUUCUCAUCGACAGCAGUACCAUCGACACCGCCACUUCCCUCGAGGUCGGCGAGGAAACGAAGAAACGGCACCCCAGAGCCAGCUUUUUCGACGCUCCCGUCUCCGGCGGGACCACUGGCGCGAAGAAAGGAUCCAUCACCUUCAUGAUCGGUUGCGCCGAGUCGGAUCCUCAUCUGCCCUUGCUGAAGCACCUGAUGUCGCUGAUGGGCCACAAUAUCUAUACCUGUGGCGGGCCGAGUCUAGGUCUCACUGCCAAGUUCUGCAACAACUACCUGAGUUCUUCAAUCACCUUGCUCAACGCCGAGAUGUUCAACUUCGCCAUCAAGUCUGGAAUGGACCCGAGGACGCUGCAGGAAAUCCUGAAGACGACAACGGGAUGUAACAGGAAUGCUCAGUGGGCGAAUCCGGUCCCUGGGCUGAGCCCGGACGCGCCUUCGUCGAAGAAUUACAAACCGGGCUUCAAGAUCGAGUAUGUGAAGAAGGAUAUUGGAUUGGCCAUAGCCGCUUGCGAAAGGGUCGGGGCAAAGCUGUGUCUCGGUCCGACUACCUGGAACUCGUACGUGGAAGCUGGGCAAGAUCCGAAAUGUGCUGGUAUGGACUCCAAAGUCAUAUAUCGAUGGAUUGGGGGCGAUGAGGAAUGGCAAGAGAAGUUUUCUGAUUAG